AUGAUGCUUAGUUUACACCAUACAAAUAUGGAGACAAAAUCAUCUAGUAAUGAAACAUUAUCAACAUCAAUGGUUUCAGAAAUCAAUGAAGAAAAAGAAAAUAUACCUUUAUGUAAUUAUUGUAGAAAAUCAUUUGCUAAUUAUUCAAAUUUAAGACAUCAUAUACAAAUUGUUCAUUUAAAAGAAAGCAAAUGGGAUUGUAGUAAAUGUGGAAAGAUUUGUUCGUCAAAAUCAAAUCUUAAAGUUCAUUUUCGUACACAUAUUCGUGUUAAACCAUAUACUUGUAAAUAUUGUGAAUAUGAUUGUAUGCAUCAUUCAUCAAUUAAAGAUCAUUUAACAAAAAAUCAUCCAGAUAAACCACAUACAAGUAUUGAACCAGGAUAUAAUUACAAUUCUCAAGCUGUUCCUGAACCCGAUGAAUUUAAUGCUGUUGAUUUUGAUCCUGCAAAAUUUGUUGAACAACAAACUCAAUGUAAACAACGUCAAUCACUUAUUGUUGAAAAUAAUGGUACAUUGAAAUAUACUCAAACAACGACAACAACAACAAAAAAUACAACACUUCCGACUAAUAAUAUAUCUAUAACAAAACCGAAACGUUUUUGUAGUGAUACAAAUUUAUUACAGACACCCUCAACACCAUCAUCAUCAUCGUUUCCAUUUUUAACACCAUCACCAUUUCCAUUAUGGCCAUUUAAUCUUUAUCAUCCAUCUUAUAUUCCAGCCAUGAUGAAUGCAAUACGUUUAUCAUCAUUAGCAAAUUCAUCCAUACCUCCAAUUCAUGAAGAUAAAAAACUUUCAAAUAAAACAAAUCGAAAAUCAUUUGAAAUUGAAGGAAUAUUAAAUCUAUCAUUACGUGACAAUAAUAAACGUAAAAAUCUUUCAGAUACACUUACAAGUGAAGAUGAAGAUUCAAUUUAA